AUGUCUUCCUACACUCCUCUACAAGACAAGACCGAGAACGACUCACAGCAAGGAGAAGAUUACGAUCAUCUCCUCCCCCAAGAAGAAUCUCUUCUCAGAAAGUCUCCUAGAAGGAUUCCAACAUGGAUACUGGUCGUACUUUUGCCAGUUGUUUCGCUACUUUUCAUGGGUUUUGGAGCAUGGAUAGGAAGUCACUGGCUUGUGGACUUCAAUGCAAGAUGCCUCGAACAUGUUCAACAUUGGUCUCCAAUUCAACGAGACGUCGAUAACAGCUACCACACCGUCCUCUUCAACGGAUCUUUCAUGAAGCAAAAUAUAUUUAGACAAGAAGCCGGUCCAGAAGUUGACGCUGCAUGGGAAUCCAUGGGCAUAAACUACCGCAGCAUCACAAUCCCUCUCUCCGACGCAGAGAAAACAGGUCUGUCCCCCUCACAAGUCCAAAUCAACCCCCGCUACGGCGGCGGCUACCCCGCCAACGUGGAAGGCCUGCACCACCUGCACUGUCUAAACCUCGUCCGCCAAUCCCUCUACUACAACAUCGACUACUACCGCGCCCAAGGUACCGGCGCGUUUGUCAACGAAGAGCCGAUCCUGCGGCACCACGUCUCGCAUUGUCUCGAUAUUGUGAGGCAGCAGUUGAUGUGUCAGCCGGAUACGGGGAUGCUGGGACAGGUGUGGUGGGAUAAGGAGGCGCCGAAGGCGUUUGUGGAUUUUAAUACGAGGCAUCAGUGUAAGGAUUUCGAGGGGAUUAGGAGGUGGGCGGAGGAGAGGCAGAUUGGGGAGGUUGUGCCGGGGGAUUUUUUGAUGCCGCCGAGGAGGAGGGAGGAUGUUUUGGAUAGUAUUCCUUGA